AUGGAGGUUGAAUACCGUACUCGUUUAACAGUUGUUUUAGAUGUGACGUGCUUUUUAUUGAAGCAAGGUUUGGCUUUCCGUGAACAUGAUGAGUCCUUGAGCUCAUUGAACAAGGGCAAUUUCCUUGAGCUGCUUGAGUGGUAUAGCCUAAGGAAUGAUAAGGUUUUCAGGGCGGUCAAUCAAAAUGCUCUUGCAAAUAAUCAAAUGACUUCCCCGAAGAUUCAGAAGGAGUUAGCAAAUGCUUGUGCAGUAGAGAUUACAUGUGCUAUGGUUGAUGAUAUUGGAGAUAAGUAUUUUUCUCUUAUGAUUGAUGAAGCCCGGGAUGUGUCAGUGAAGGAGCAAAUGAGAGUUGUUUUGCGAUAUGUGAAUACAAAUGGGUAUGUGAUAGAGCAAUUCCUUGCUAUGGUUCAUGUACCGGAUACAUCAGCUAUUUCAUUGAAGAAUGCCAUUGAUUGUAUAUUUGCCAAACAUGGGUUAUCUCUUACAAAAUUGAGGGGGCAAGGAUAUGAUGGGGCAUCAAAUAUGCGAGGAGAGUUCAAUGGUUUAAAGGCACUUGUUCUAAAAAAAAAUCCAUACGCAAGGUAUAUCCAUUAUUUUGCUCAUCAACUUCAAUUAGUGAUUGUUGUUGUUGCUAAAGACAAUUGA